AUGCUGCUGCGCCUGCUGCUGGCCUGGGCGGCCGCGGUGCCCGCGCUGCCCGCGCUGGGCCAGGCCCCCUGGGCCGCUGAGCCCCGCGCUGCCUGCGGCCCGGGCAGCUGCUACGCGCUCUUCCCACACCGCCGUACCUUCCUGGAGGCCUGGCGGGCCUGCCGUGAGCUGGGGGGCGACCUGGCCACGCCACGGACCCUUGAGGAGGCCCAGCGCGUGGACAGCCUGGUGGGCGCCGGCCCGGCCAGCCGGCUGCUGUGGAUCGGGCUGCAGCGGCCGGCACGGCAAUGCCAGCCACAGCGCCCACUGCGCGGCUUCACCUGGACCACGGGAGACCAGGACACGGCCUUCACCAACUGGGCUCAGCCGGCCACGGGAGGGCCCUGCCCGGCGCAGCGCUGCGCGGCCCUGGAGGCGAGCGGCGGGCAUCGUUGGCUCGAGGGCUCGUGCACGCUGGCCGUGGACGGCUACCUGUGCCAGUUCGGCUUUGAGGGCGCCUGCCCGGCACUGCCAGCCGAGGCGGGCCAGGCCGGCCCGGCCGUCUACACCACGCCCUUCCACCUGGUCUCCACAGAGUUGGAGUGGCUGCCUUUCGGCUCGGUGGCCGCCGUGCAGUGCCAGGCUGGCAGGGGGGCGUCUCUGCUCUGUGUGAAACAGCCUGGCGGUGGUGUGGGCUGGUCCCAGGCCGGGCCCCUGUGCCCAGGGCCGGGCUGCGGCCCGGGCAACGGGGGCUGCGAGCACGAGUGUGUGGAGGAGGAGGAUGGUCGCGUGUCCUGCCGCUGCUCCGAGGGCUUCCAGCUGGCGGCGGACGGGCACAGCUGCGAGGACCCCUGUGCCCAGGCGCCGUGCGAGCAGCAGUGUGAGCCCGGGGGGCCACAGGGCUACAGCUGCCACUGUCGCCUGGGCUUCCGGCCGGCCGAGGACGAGCCGCACCGUUGCGUGGACACGGACGAGUGCCAGAUCGCCGGGGUGUGCCAGCAGAUGUGCGUCAACUACGUCGGCGGCUUCGAGUGCUACUGCAGCGAGGGUCACGAGCUGGAGGCGGACGGUAUCAGCUGCAGCCCCGCGGGGGCCAUGGGCGCCCGGAAUUCCCAAGACCUGGAAGACGAGCUGCUGGAGGACGGGGAGGAGGAGGAGGAGGAGGAGGAGGAGGAGGAGGAGGAGGAGGAAGAGGAGGACGAGGAGGCCUGGGAGGGCUUCGACAGCACCUGGACGGAGGGGCCCGGGAUGCUGUGGAUGGAGUCGACGCAGCUGCCCGACUUUGGCCUGGCCUACGGACCCGGCUUCUCGGAGGACGGCGUGCCACCGAGGUUCUACCCGGAGCCCACCUGGCCCCCCCCACUCAGUGCCCCCAGGGUCCCCUACCACUCUGCAGUGCUCUCUGUCACCCGGCCGGAGGGAGUCUCUGCCAUACGCCCCACACUGCCUUCCGCCCGCCGGCCCCCAGUUAUCUCCGCCACACACCCACCCUCGAGCCCUGCCCGUCAGCCCCCUGUGCCCCCUCCCCAGCAGAUCCCCGUGAUCUCAGCUGACUCUCCAGACCUGCCCCCCGCCCACCAGCCCCCGGUUAUAUCCAUCUCGCACCCAGCACAGCCCCCUGCCCCCCGGCCCCCCCUCGUCUCAGCCAGAUCCCCCGAACUCCUCCCUGCCCGCCAAGCCCCUGUGUUUCCAAACACUCACACUACCACUCACCUGCCCCGAGUGCCCGCUAAUCCCGCCCCCCGGGUCACCUCCCCUGGUGUCCAUCAACCCCCUCUGAUCCCAGACGUCCCAGUCCUCAGGCCCCAGGCCACCCAGCUUCCCACCAGUCCCACCACCCAGUCCUCCCUGCCCCUCAUCCCCAGGUCCCCUGGGGCCCCUGACCAUCCGGUCCCUGUGCCCGGUGCCACCCAGCCCCCAGCCCUCUCCACCACCCUGCCCCCUCAGAGCCCCGCUAACCAGACCUCACCCAUUAGCCCUACGCAGCCCCAUCCCAGAGCCCCCCAGGUCCCCAGGGGAGGCGGCCCGAGUCCCACAGCAGCCCCAACAGCCCUGCUGGAGGCCGGGCUGGCAGGCCAGCGCCAGAGAGAUGACCGGUGGCUGUUGGUGGCCCUCCUGGUGCCGACGUGUGUCUUCUUGGUGGUCCUCCUUGCACUGGGCAUCGUGUACUGCACUCGCUGUGGCCCCCAUGCGCCCAACAAGCGUGUCACCGACUGCUAUCGCUGGGUCACCCACGCUGGGAGCAAGGGCCCAACGGAACCCGCGCCCCCCCGGGGCAGCCUCCCAGGGGUGCAGACCUGCAGAACCAGCGUGUGAUGGGCAGAGCGCCCCCUGCGGGGUAGGGGGACGGGGCCAAGCUGGACACAUGGCUGGGGCUGCACCAGGGACCCACGGGAGCUCCUGCCUGGACACAGGGCUUCCUGCUCCCCGGGCCCAGCCAGACUCCUCUCAGCCAAACUUGGCUCUCGGGAACUCUGCUCCCCGGCCCAGCACUCAGGACAGAAAGACACGCCAAGGCCCCCCAGGACCUCAGGGGGUGGGUGCUGGGGUCUUCUCCAAUAAAUGGGGUGCCAACCUCACCCAAAAGCUCCCGACCCCCG